AAAUGCACUUAAAGAGCCUCAAUGUAAAACGAGAUUCAUUGUAAUCUAUGUAUCUAUUGUAAAACGACAUUUUUAUUCUGGAAAAUCAUAAAUUUGAAUUUAUGAAAAACAUGUAAUUGCAAUUCUGAUGUAAAAAAUUGGAAAUGUAAACUCUAAAAGCAUUUAUACUUCAAUUUUUAUUCUGUUUUGCGAAUGACAGCUCAAGCGGACAACGAAAACAAUUCAGUUCAACUUUGCUGAUGUUUGGUCCGCAAUUGAAGGGAAGUGUUUUCACAUUCAAUUAAACAACCUCAGCAAUUGACAUUAGAUGUAAACAAUCAGCUCUUCCCGAUCACACUCAAUGCAAGAGAUAACCAGAGUGAGCGGGAUGAACUGUUUGUUUACAUGUUAUGUUAGCCCUGAACAAUAAUUGUUCAAUUAUUUUUUCUGAUUUUGAAGUUUUCCAGUAACUUGGAGAAAACUUUGCAGAAACUGGCGAGCCCUGACUGGCGAUGUUUUCGUUCCCGAAAAUCGUACCGGCGGCUUCCGGACGGAUGUCAGGCUUGAAAUUCCAGAUCAUUAAGCUUGGCAAUCGGCACCUACAGCAGAAUCAGGCAGGGGCAGCUGUUAGACGGCAGUUUUCCCACUCCCGGCAGGUGCGCUGCAGCGUUAAAUCCUAGAGCUGGAUGAAUUUGAAAUCCUGCACCGCCUUGUCCUGAUUCCGGACCCGAAUAUUAUGGUGGCGGCACUGAAGGACUGUCGCCGGCUGAACGAUUACGCGUUGGCGAUUCGUUUUCUGGAAGCGGCCAAGGACCGCUGCGGGGACCAGGUGAGCACCAUCUAUCCGUACCUGCUGCAGGAGCUGCGGCCAAAACUGUGCGAGCUGGGCAUCGAGGAGCUGGGCUACGACAAGCCGCUGGAGUUGUUUUUCUGGAGUUGUUCUCUUCUAUCAACGAACAGGUAAACAUCCCGAUUCCCGAAUAAUUGUUGGUCCAUUAGCAGAUAGCGCGCACUGACACCGUCCAGGGAGAUUUGCAGGCACAAGUUGCGGUAAAACAAGCCCAGGAGGUCUUUGCGCUGAUUUCCUUGCAUGGCCGGGAUGUUGCGUUACCCACGAACGUGUGAUCUGAAAACCAAACUCGAUCUAAGGUUGGCCAGGUCGGAGAACUAGCCGCAAGGCCACAAGGUAAGCGCUUUUUCAAGACUGGUCUUCCAGAACACACGGGUAACGGUAAAUUGUCUACUUUUUCCACAGUCAACUGACGUCGAUUGUUUUGAAGUUUUCUUUAUGUUUAUCUUUUUGUUUGUUUGCCAACGAAUCCCUGCGACUGAAAGUGUGUACUCACUUGACACAUCAAAUCUUAUGUACCCAAAUUUAAGUUCAAACAGACAGAAAAGUUUUAUUUGCUAUGAAUGGAGCACCCAUCGUCCAGCAGUUUUUCUUUUUUUCUGCAAUGUAUUUCUUAUGAUUUACACCAAAUAAUAUA